AUGAUCAAUAAAAAACUUCAAAAUGUUUCAUUAAAUGGAUUAGUUGAUGCUAUUUUUACAUCUGAUCAAAAUACUUUAACAUUAUGUAGUACUACUUUAAUGAAUAAUGAUAAACAAACCCAAUUUGCAAGUGAUGAACAUAAGCAGAAUAGUAGUAAAACAUCUGAUACAAUUUUAACACUUAGCUUUCGUACUGUAUUGCAAGUUGUUAAAG